CAGGGGGGUUUACAGUUUCCUAAAUAUAGCGCUUAGAAGCAGUCAUCUCUAAAUUAAAUCCGGCUUGGUGGGUCCCAGUUUUAGCAAACCUGCAUUGCUUUACAAACUAUAUUUCCCUGCUUCGUUUUAGCUUUCUCUGAAUACUAUUUGUGCAACAAGUUGUUUAAACUUUAAUAAAAGCGCGUUGUUAUUAUUAUUUCGGAUUAUUUCGCGACAAUUAUAAAGCAUUCCUACUUGAUGACUAAAAAAACUUUUUUGUUGCUCCCCAGUCGCGUCUGUCUUCUUCUUCUAGUAUUAUUAUUAUUAUCAUAAGUAUUUUUAGUAUUAUUACUUUUAUUAUUUGUUAGCAUGGUUGGAUUGUUAUUGUUUGGUAGGAACUAACUAAGUGCACGUCAACUGUUAUCCGGGGACCGGCUUUCAGUGAACACACAAAUGAGGGACCUGACGGACUCACAUGUCUUUUUGUAGCUCUAAAGCAUGUAUCUUUAGAUGUAAUUUGACGACAGUGAAACAUAUCAGGGAUUCAUAAGCCGGCAUGUCUGUGUCGUUGAUCAGAAGAGGUCUGGAGCUGCUGAACGAUGACAUUAAAGACGGCAGUAGAGUGAAGAACAAGAAGCAGACCCCCAGUUCGGCCGCAGUAAUGGAACUGGUCAGCACCAAGCGGCAGGGGGUCACCAGACAGGUCAAAAGGCUGCAGGGUCGCCUUGGGCCUGGAAAAAGCAAGGCCACAGUCAAAGACAAGCGGAUAAGAUCUGCAGUUGAUGAUUUUAGGAAAAACCAGCCUAAGAGCCAGAUGAGUGCCAAUCUGAAGUACUUUUUGGAAACCACCUGCAAAGCAACAUCUUCUGACACAAUAAAGAUUGUGAGCUACAAUAAAGGAAGGCAGUCAAGACAUCACCCGGAAAAACCCGUCGAAAAGGCCAAGGAGGCUCCGUCCUUAUUCACCGAGGAGGAGUUCCAGCAGUUCCAGAAGGAGUACUUUGGCAAGACUGUGGAGGACAAGAAAUGACACCAACUCUGGAAAAAAGGAGUAUCCAACCACAGUGGAUGGACCCAGGCUGUGUUUUGUGAAUUAAAAAGGGGUUUUCAGUCAGACUGUGUACUGGAAGUCAGAUCCACUACCACUGCACAAGAGAAUCCUUCUGUUAAGAAUAUAGGAUAAACUUUUACAAAGUGAGAUGUACAGUUUUAUAACAUCAUAUUAUAAAACUUAUUGGGAAAACUUGGAUAUGUGUUGACAAUGUAACGUGUUAAAUAUAAAUAUGAAUUCUUGUUUCUCUUAAAAAUGUUAAACAAUAAAAAUCAUGCUUGAGUUCAAAUGUAAAUGGCAUGAUAUGGUUCAGCUUGAAGUAUAUCUACUACGCUAGCGCUACACUUAAGUUCUUCAGUUUGGUUACAUUAAAGUCAAUAUAGUUUGCUAUGAGAGUUAAAGUUAAAAUGUUGUGCUCACAUGGAUCAACGAUGCAUAAAAUACCUCACUGUUACAUUUGUAACUGCUCAUUAACAGAAAUAUCUAUCUUUGAGUUACACUUUGAUCUUUUCUGCCCAACACUAUGGUCCUCAAUACAAAUGCUGUGUUUGAGUAUAUCUUGAGACGUUUGUUGUUCUUAGAUAUACUUGUGUUUGUAAAAUCUGUCUGAUCAACACAAAACACAACAAUCUAUUCUCAGAAAACUUAAGUUUGUCAGGUGUGGAGAUAUUUGGUAACAAUGAACCAUUAAAAACAAAUGUUGAA